UGAGAAGUGGCAGCUACCCAAACGCGGAUCCUCACUGCUGGCGUGUUGUGGCCAGGCGGGUUUGGCCUGUCUCCGACGCUAGUGUUGGGCUCGGGAGGUAGUGGAAAGGGAGGGCGGGGUGAAGUCUCUGUGGAGCCCGCCGGCUUCGCAAUGAAGAGGAUUUGGGGGUUCGGGAGGGAGAAGGGCAUGUCGCCCUUGGGCUCCGCUUCUGGCUUGCAGAGGCAGGGCAGGGGCGUUGGGCAGAAGAACAAUACAACUGACAACUUGCUGCUGGGUUACCAUGUCCAAGACAGAGAUCUCAGAAAGAUCCACAAGGCUGCCUGUGUGGGCACCGCAGCGCAAGCGCAGCAGAUUCUGUUCUUGGGGGGAAAUGGCGUGGAUGAUAGAGACAAGAUGAACAGGACUGCUCUCCAUUUGGCCUGUGCCAAUGGCCAUCCAGAAGUGGUGACCCUCCUAGUAGAGAGGAAAUGUCAUCUUAACCUCUGUGAUCAUGAAAACAGGACAGCUCUCAUGAAGGCCGUACAGUGCCAGGAAGAGAAAUGUGUAAACAUACUAUUGGAAAAUGGUGCCGAUCCAAAUAUUAGGGAUGUGAGUGGCAACACUGCUCUCCACUAUGCGGCCUUUGGUGAUAAUAUAUCCAUAAUAGAGAAGCUGCUGCUAUACAAUGCGAAUACUGAAGCAAGAAAUAAGGAUAACAUCACACCACUUCUAGUUGCUGUAAAUGAAAACAAACAGCAAAUAGUGGAAGUUCUGGUAGAAAAGGCAGCAAAUAUACAUGCAGAGGAUAAAUUAAAAAGCAGUUACGAAAUAAUUUGCCGACAUAAAGAAGAAAUCAUGCUUAAAAAUUCUUUGCAAAACAGCCAUCCUGGAUCAGAUAAGAAUGCUGAGGAAGACUCUAUAACCAGGCGUUCCGACACACCUGUUCCUGAUGAUUCAUGGUCUACAUCAGCUAGCCAAGACUUUGAUUUUCGUUCCAAGAGUAUGUCUGAGAAGCCCAACAAAGAUGUUCCUCAUUUCUCUGGAGCUGUGGAUCAGAAAGGGCAAAGGAUAUUACAUGGACAAGUAGAAGGAUCAGAUGAGAAGGCUGAGGAAGACUCUAUAACCAGGCGUUCCGACACACCUGUUCCUGAUGAUUCAUGGUCUACAUCAGCUAGCCAAGACUUUGAUUUUCGUUCCAAGAGUAUGUCUGAGAAGCCCAACAAAGAUGUUCCUCAUUUCUCUGGAGCUGUGGAUCAGAAAGGGCAAAGGAUAUUACAUGGACAAGUAGAAGGAUCAGAUGAGAAGGCUGAGGAAGACUCUAUAACCAGGCGUUCCGACACACCUGUUCCUGAUGAUUCAUGGUCUACAUCAGCUAGCCAAGACUUUGAUUUUCGUUCCAAGAAUGUCCCGAAAUCACGCAUAGCAAAGCUACUGCAUUCUUCUUGGAAAUUCAUUAAAAACAUGAGACCAAAACGUGGCACUAUGAAACCAGGAGAUGGAACCUUAUCUGAGGACAACCAUCCUCAUUCUGAAAAUAAAGAUAUGGCUGAAACUCUUUCCAAACCACCAGUCAGAGUUUACGGCGAUCCUCUUCCAGUUUUACCAUCAUCUAAAUCUCUUCUGAAACCUUCUUUCAAGAUGUUAGCUGUCCUUGGUCUUGCAAAGAGUAUGUCUGAGAAGCCCAACAAAUAUGUUCCUCCUGUCUCUGGAGCUGUGGAUCAGAAAGGGCAAAGGAUAUUACAUGGACAAGUAGAAGGAGCAGAUAAGAAUGCUGAGGAAGAUUCUAUAGCCAGGCUUUCCGACAAACCUGGUCCUGAUGAUUCAUGGUCUACAUCAUCUAGCCAAGUCUUAGAUUUUGGGACCAAGAGUAUGUCUGAGAAGCCCAACAAAUAUGUUCCUCCUGUCUCUGGAGCUGUGGAUCAGAAAGGGCAAAGGAUAUUACAUGGACAAGUAGAAGGAGCAGAUAAGAAUGCUGAGGAAGAUUCUAUAGCCAGGCUUUCCGACAAACCUGGUCCUGAUGAUUCAUGGUCUACAUCAUCUAGCCAAGUCUUAGAUUUUGGGACCAAGAGUAUGUCUGAGAAGCCCAACAAAUAUGUUCCUCCUGUCUCUGGAGCUGUGGAUCAGAAAGGGCAAAGGAUAUUACAUGGACAAGUAGAAGGAGCAGAUAAGAAUGCUGAGGAAGAUUCUAUAGCCAGGCUUUCCGACAAACCUGGUCCUGAUGAUUCAUGGUCUACAUCAUCUAGCCAAGUCUUAGAUUUUGGGACCAAGAGUAUGUCUGAGAAGCCCAACAAAUAUGUUCCUCAUGUCUCUGGAGCUGUGGAUCAGAAAGGGCAAAGGAUAUUACAUGGACAAGUAGAAGGAGCAGAUAAGAAUGCUGAGGAAGAUUCUAUAGCCAGGCUUUCCGACAAACCUGGUCCUGAUGAUUCAUGGUCUACAUCAUCUAGCCAAGUCUUAGAUUUUGGGACCAAGAGUAUGUCUGAGAAGCCCAACAAAUAUGUUCCUCAUGUCUCUGGAGCUGUGGAUCAGAAAGGGCAAAGGAUAUUACAUGGACAAGUAGAAGGAGCAGAUAAGAAUGCUGAGGAAGAUUCUAUAGCCAGGCUUUCCGACAAACCUGGUCCUGAUGAUUCAUGGUCUACAUCAUCUAGCCAAGUCUUAGAUUUUGGGACCAAGAGUAUGUCUGAGAAGCCCAACAAAUAUGUUCCUCCUGUCUCUGGAGCUGUGGAUCAGAAAGCGCAAAGGAUAUUACAUGGACAAGUAGAAGGAGCAGAUAAGAAUGCUGAGGAAGAUUCUAUAGCCAGGCUUUCCGACAAACCUGGUCCUGAUGAUUCAUGGUCUACAUCAUCUAGCCAAGUCUUAGAUUUUGGGACCAAGAGUAUGUCUGAGAAGCCCAACAAAUAUGUUCCUCAUGUCUCUGGAGCUGUGGAUCAGAAAGGGCAAAGGAUAUUACAUGGACAAGUAGAAGGAGCAGAUAAGAAUGCUGAGGAAGAUUCUAUAGCCAGGCUUUCCGACAAACCUGGUCCUGAUGAUUCAUGGUCUACAUCAUCUAGCCAAGUCUUAGAUUUUGGGACCAAGAGUAUGUCUGAGAAGCCCAACAAAUAUGUUCCUCAUGUCUCUGGAGCUGUGGAUCAGAAAGGGCAAAGGAUAUUACAUGGACAAGUAGAAGGAGCAGAUAAGAAUGCUGAGGAAGAUUCUAUAGCCAGGCUUUCCGACAAACCUGGUCCUGAUGAUUCAUGGUCUACAUCAUCUAGCCAAGUCUUAGAUUUUGGGACCAAGAGUAUGUCUGAGAAGCCCAACAAAUAUGUUCCUCAUGUCUCUGGAGCUGUGGAUCAGAAAGGGCAAAGGAUAUUACAUGGACAAGUAGAAGGAGCAGAUAAGAAUGCUGAGGAAGAUUCUAUAGCCAGGCUUUCCGACAAACCUGGUCCUGAUGAUUCAUGGUCUACAUCAUCUAGCCAAGUCUUAGAUUUUGGGACCAAGUAUCAAGUUCCAUUAAAGGUUGAAGAAAAAAAGAAGCACAGAGGAAGUGACAUGGAAGUAUCAGAAAACAUAUAUGAUGCUGCGGCUGCUGGAUUAAUUCCACAAAGACAGAAUGGAAAAACUGAUAACCAUCAAUUGCCUAUUACAGAAAAUAAAGAUUCUGAUAGGAGGGAACCUGGUUUACAUAUGAAGAAGUUAAAGAAAGGUGAAAAUGAAAAAGGGACAUCAAAAGGAUCUGUGAUCACACCAGUGUUGCAGAAGGCAGAUGCCCUAACUGGUGGUCCACUACAAAAGAAUGAUGGCAGCCAUUUCAGUGAAAAGGAUCAGCAUGAAAGCAGACCUGCAAAGAAAAUUUCUAAGAAAAAGAACAAGGUCAAAAAGCAAAUUACUUCUAUGGAUGACCUUGUCGACUUCAUUCAGUCAUCUAAAACAGCUUCAGAGCAUUGUGAGUUGCCUUACUCUAAGAAUUUCAUGUUGCUGAUCGAACAACUUGGCAUGGAUUGUAAAGAUUAUGCUGGCUUCUUGAAAAUCCAAGAUAUACGUGUUUCCUAUGAAAAAUUAAGGAAACUUAACAAAAAGCACUGUAAACUUCUUAUGGGAAAAAUGACAAAAAUGGACAAAAUGGUUAGUGCACUACAAAACGAGCUACAGGAAGCCAAAGACAUGAUAUCACGGUUAGAACAUCAAAAAGUGGAAUGGGAACGUGAAUUCUGCAGUUUGAGAUUUACCUUAAAACAAGAAGAAGAAGAAGAAGAAGAAGAAGAAAGAAGAAAUACUGAUAUGUUAUAUGAAAAUAUUAGGGAAAAGUUAAGAAGUAAAGAAGACGAAUAUAAGAAAGAAGUUGAAACAAAACAACAAGUUGAACUCGCUCUUAGAAUGCUAAACACGGAAUUGAAGGCCACAAAAAAUCAGGUUGUAGAAGAGCGCAGUGACACUCAGUGGCAACUUUCUCCAGAACAGAAGGCCAGAGUCUUACAAGAUGGAAGUCUAAACAAUCUCUUUUGCAAGCAAAAGGAGCUAGAAAUGGCUCAUAAGAAAACUAAUUCUAAGGUAGUUGCGAGACAACUUCAACAAGAACUGGCUGAUACUCUGAAGAAAAAGUCUAUGUCAGAGGCUUCCCCAGAGGUUACGUCAUAUCUUCGUCUAGAAGAUGAAACACGGGAUCUCAAGAAGAAAUUAGCUCAAAUCACAAGUCAGUUGCAAGAAGAACAGGAACGACAUGGAGAGGCCGUAAGAUGUGCUCAGGAGAUGAAAGAUCAUGUGCAAAAGCUACAGGUUAAAAAUGCCACACAAGAAGCAACCAUCAAACAUCAAGCGGCCCAGAUUCAAGAUCUUGAGAACAACAUGAUAAAGACAAGUUUGUUACAAGAAGCACAGGAACGACAUGCAGAGGCCGAAAGAUACGCUGAGAAGAUUAAAGAUCAUAUGCUAAAGCUAAAGGUUAAAAAUGCCAGGCAAGAAGCAACCAUCAAACAUCAAGCGGCCCAAAUUCAAGAUCUUCAGAGCAACUUGCUAAAGGCAAGUUUGUUACAAGAAGCACAGGAACGACAUGCAGAGGCCGAAAGAUACGCUGAGAAGAUUAAAGAUCAUAUGCUAAAGCUAAAGGUUAAAAAUGCCAGGCAAGAAGCAACCAUCAAACAUCAAGCGGCCCAAAUUCAAGAUCUUCAGAGCAACUUGCUAAAGGCAAGUUUGUUGCAAGAGGCAAAGGAUCGAGAGGCAAAGGACAUAAGAUAUGCGGAGAAGACGCUAGAAGUGCAAAAUGCCAGGGCAGAAGAAACCAUCAAACAACAAGCGGCCCAAAUUCACAAUCUUCCGAGCAACUUGUUAAAGACAAGUUUGGCUGAUGUCCUUACAACAGAACUGGAAACUACAUCUUCAAAAUAUCUACACCUGGAUGCAAAAAAUCAAGUUCUUCAAGAGUCAUUAUCAAUGAGAGCUUUCAAAGAAGAAUGUGAAAAACUAGAGAGCAACAACAAGAAGUUACAGCAAGAAGUAGUAAAAUUGAAACAAUUUAUGGAAAUGAAUAUGGUACAACGCAGUCAAGUGGAGCAGUAUAAACAGGAGAUUGAAGAAAGAGCACGACUGGACAUAGUAGAAAAAUUACACGAAGUCAACCUGUUUUUACAGGCACAAGCAGCAGCUCGACAAAACUUGGACCAGUUAAGAGAAAAUGACCAUGCUUCAAUGAGAAAUCAAAUGGAACUUAGAAUUAAAGAUCUGGAAUCUCAGGUCUCUACAAUGAAGACUUCUCAAGAUUCUACUAAAACAGAGUUGGAAACCUACAGGCAACUCUACCUAGAAGAAUUAAAACUUAUAAAGUCCUUGAGAAAUAAGCUGAACAGGGCUAAGGAGAGACUGUCAGAGAGCAAUACAAAUUUUCUUGUGGAGAGACAGCAGCACCAAACUUUACUCAGGACCCUUACUAUGAGCCCAGGCCUGGAACCACCUUAUUGUGGACAUUUUGAAAAUAAUUUAGUGCUCAAUGGAAACCUUACUCCAAGAGGAAACUUAGUGAUUCCUACCUUAAACCCACGGCCGUCAUAUGACGACAGGGAGGCUUCCUUGUGGAAGAUGCGGCAGGAGUUGGAGGAAAGAAUAACCAGAGCACUAGAAGAAGAUGCUACCAAAUUUGAAUGAGGAUCCUGUAGAAAUCCUUUAGUAUCUACUGAUGAUUCAAUUCUAAAUCAAGAUCCAGUAUGGAAAGCGUCACGAGAAUAUGUACAGAUUUUGAACAAAAAUUAUAUGAUUUGAAUAAUAAAUAGAAAAAAUUUACUGGAUGCUUACCAAACAUUUUCAUUGUUUCCCAAUUGAACACACUAUAUGGCAAAGUCUUGAUUAAAGGAAAAUGUUUUUGUAUCAUA